UUUACGUGCAAUACACAUGUUUUUGUCACGAAUGCCAUUCUCAUCGUCUAACUUAUAUUUCUUUUUUGUUUUAGUCGAACAUCAAAAGAAAGAAGACCAGAAAGCUCCGUGGUCACGUCAGUCAUGGACACGGUCGUAUCGGCAAGCACCGAAAGCAUCCUGGAGGUCGUGGUAAUGCUGGUGGUAUGCACCAUCACCGUAUCAACUUCGACAAAUACCAUCCUGGAUACUUCGGUAAAUUGGGUAUGAGAAAUUUCCAUUUGCGAAAAAGUGCAAAAUUCUGCCCAACAAUUGGAUUGGAUAAAUUGUGGUCGUUGGUUGGAGACCAAGCCCGCGAAAAAUGCCGCAAAGACAAAGAAGGCAAAGUUCCAGUUGUCGACUUAGUCCAAUUCGGCUACUACAAGCUGUUGGGAAGUGGACACCUUCCAAAACAACCAAUCAUCGUGAAAGCCAAAUUCUUCUCAAAGAAAGCAGAGGAUAAGAUCAAGGCCGCUGGUGGUGUUUGCCUUUUGCGAGCAUAAUAAAUAACAUUUGUUAUUUUGAUUAAUAAAAACACGAAAUAUCAUAUAAACA